AUGAAAAAUCUUGGUGAAGUAAAACGAUCAAAAAGAGUUCUCAGAUAUUUAAAAGGCAGUAUAGAUACCAAGCUUGUAUAUAAAAGAACUGGUAAACAAUUAUAUGGUGUUGCUGAUGCUGAUUGGGCAGGUGACAGAAAUGAUAGAAAAUCAUAUACUGGAUAUGCUUUCAUAUUGGCUGGUGCCAGUAUAUCAUGGGAAUCAAGAAAGCAAAGAACUAUCGCUUUAUCUAGCACUGAAGCUGAAUAUAUGAAACAUCAGAGUCAACCAGAGAAGCGUUAUACUUGCAAGAGCUAUUUCGUCAGAUUGCACAACAUGAUGAAUGACAAUCAGCGUAACCUAGUAGAACGCAAAAGAGCUGAAGAACACAAAGCUAGACGUUUGCAACGGCUAGCAGCUCGUCGUGAAGCUGUAGAACUUGAACAACAACUAUUAAUUGAAGAAGAAAUUGCCGAGGGUAUUAUUCGUGAUCCUGAACCAGUUUUCAGUCAGAAUGAUAAUUCUGCUGGUGGACGUGGUGGUAAUACUGCUGGUGGACGUAGUGGUAAUUCGGGUGGAGGAGGUGGUGAUAAUUCUGAUGGAAGUAAUAAUUCUGCUGGAGGAGGUGAUAAUAAUACUGCUGGUGGACGUAGUGGUACUUCGGGUGGAGGAGGUGCUGACAAUACUUCUAGUGGACGUGGUGGUAAUUCAGGUGGAGGUAGUAAUUCUGCUAGUCAACGUGGUGGUAAUUUUGGUGGAGGUUCUGCUGGAAGAAGUGGCACUGAUCAUAAUGAUGAAACGAAUGUUUCUGAUAUUUAUAAACAAGAAGCAAAAAAGUGGCGCCAAAAGUUUUUCACAUUGCUUCGUGGCGAAAACGAUCAAAAUAUCAGUAAUGACCAACGUGUUGGAAAUUUAGAUAGGGGCAAUCCAUAUGGUGGUAGACGUGAUGGUCGUGGUGGACGUGGAAGACGUGGUGGACGUCGUGGACGUCGUGGAAACAACGGUGGUGUUAAUUACAUUUUUUAUUCUCGUUAA